AUGAGCGGGCGCCCCGUGCGCAAACCUCAAUGGGGCAGUUGGGCCCCGACCGCCCCUCGGCACUUGCCAGUCGGGAGAGGGAAGCACUGGAGCACCCGCAGCCGGCUUGGCAUCAAGCCACAAGGCACGCCCAUCAAUUCAGAUGAGAUUCAAACCUUUGCUGAAUCAACACCUGCAGGGCCACGCUCCACAGCUGCUUCUCGUUUGAAACCCGUCGUUGCAACGUACCAUGGCAUCCCAGGGCCAAUUCAGACGGCGGUUCAUUCAUUCGUUUACUCACUCGACAAAGCGGCUCAGACGCAGAGGCAAUGCCGCGCCCGGAUUGCGUCAUGGACAAAACCUCUCCGCUUCGUAUAUACACGACGCCCUAGCACAGGGACUUUUUGCUCUCCACGGCCACCUCAAAUAGGCAAGUCGCCGGGCCCCGCGCAUGGACCGGCCGUGCAGAGCGACUCGGGCGCCAGCAACGACCCAGUUGAAGCCUCAGCCUCGCCGGCACGUCCGCGCCGAGCGCCGUGA